GGACAAGGAGACGCGGCUGACUCGGCCCUUUGCUUUCCAGAGAAGCACCGGGACUUGGCCAAGGCCGUGCUGCGGAGGAAAGGUGUGCUGGGCGCCCUGCCGAGCCGCCCCGACUCUACUGGGAGAAGGUCAGUGAAGUUUAACAAGGGCUACACUGCUCUGAGCCAGAGUCCAGAUGAGAACCUCGUGUCCCUCGACUCUGACAGUGAUGGGGAGCAGGAAUCCAGAUACUCCUCCGGGUACUCCUCUGCCGAGGUGAACCAGGAUGUGAACCGGCAGCUGCUACAGGAUGGCUACCACCUGGAUGAGAUUCCAGAUGAUGAGGACCUGGACCUCAUUCCACCUAAGCCUAUGGCCUCCUCCACGUGCACUUGCUGCUGGUGCUGUCCUGGGGACUCUUAUUGUACCCUACAGUAGACAGAAGCCUCCCGCACAGGCCCUGCUCACCAUGUGACAGAUACAACCUGCUGGCCUUUAUGCUCAGAACACAUUGGGGACGCUGUCAGCCCAGAAUCACUGGAGGUACCGGCCCUCUGCGGUCAGGGUCUAUAGGGAGCCCUCAUCCAGUGCUUCUUGGGCCAGAGGCCCAUCUGGGCCAUGGGCUUGAUGAGUGGAAUUCUGCAGUUUCCUCCAUUGUCAGUGCAGUUUGGAAAGCUGCUUUAGUAAGGGCAGGAGCAGAGGAAUUAGGGUUCACAUGGUGACUGAUGGAGGUGGCCGAGAAGCAUACUUGCAAAUGUAUAGACUGGUGUUUGCCAUGAUUCUCAAGGGAAGGGACAGCUUUUGUGUCUGAGCUGUGUUGGCAGUGCUGUGGGAGGCAGAAGAUAGCACUUCAUAGUUUGCAGUUGGGACUCUGAAAAGGAAUUUAACUGGGACAGCUCAGGAAAUUCCAUAUGCUGUCCUAUGCUCUUCCUGUCUCUUAGGUUCACAGGUGUGACCUUCAAAGCAGGUCCCUCUGUCCCCCUUCAAGUUAAUACCUGUCUGGCUGUGGCAGACAGUGUAGCGGGUUGCUAACAGGAUCGUGGCUUCCAGAAUCCCUGGACCUGGGACAGCUGUCCGGUGGGUUAACUUGGUUGGCCCCUCCUUAGAGGAAAACUGCUUCAUCCUAGACAUUUAUUUAUUUGUAUUUCCCUGUUCUUGGCUGGCUUCUCCACCCAUCUUGAACUGAGGUUGGGUUAGAGGUAAUGGGGCUGGCCCCAGGUACCUGCAGUUUUUGUGACUCCCAGUAGACACAGCUAUUGCAAGGGCAGUCUCAUGCCUUUUUGCUCAGCCUUGUACAUUCUGACACAGCAGUGGGUCCCCUUGGUGUACUGGUGUGUGGUGUGGCUUGGAUAGAGACUGAAGCGAUCAGGCAGAAAGGGAAGGAGAGACCCUAAGCCAGCUGCCAGGAGCAGUAGUCCCAGUGGUCAGUGCAGAGCUGUUCUUCAGCCAGGGCCACCCUAUGGUCGGACCCUUCUGUGCCUCUACCAGUGCUUGCCUCAUGUGUGAGGCCCUGGGAAAAUCCACAUGGACUGGAAGCCUUGGGGUGAAUGCUGCUGACAGUCAUGAGUGCUGUGACCAAGCUGGAGAAUUUCUCUUGCUAUCCCAAGCCUCCCUACAAUCCACCCCCUUUGCCUCCCUCAGGUGUGGUGUGGUUGGAAAGUGGGUGCAUGUAGGGUGAGAGUGUGGAGCAUCCAGUCUCUUGCCUCCCCCCCAUGUUCUGUGACCACUGAGGGAUGGUAGAGACUCUUGGCUCCACCAGAAGAGAUGGGUAGGAAGAGAAAGCCCACUGUGUUCCUUGUCAAACACUGUCCUUGGGAAGGCCAUCCUAGCAGGACUUGGUAGCUUCUGGCUUUUUGUUUUGUUUUGUUUUUUUGAGAUAGGGUCUCACUAUGUAGUUGAGACUGACCUGGAACUCACUA